CGCUCGGCGCGGCCCCGGCCCUUGCCCUCCGCCCCCCGCGCUGCCCCCGCCAUGGACCCCAGCGGCAUCAUCGAGGCCCUGCGCGGCACCAUGGACCCGGCGCUGCGCGAAGCCGCCGAGCGACAGCUCAACGAGGCUCAUAAAUCAGUGAACUUUGUUUCAACUCUGCUUCAGAUCACUAUGUCCGAGCAACUGGAUUUACCAGUGAGACAAGCAGGGGUUAUCUACUUGAAAAAUAUGAUAACCCAGUAUUGGCCGGACCGUGAAAGUGCUCCAGGAGAGAUCCCACCUUACUCCAUCCCCGAAGAAGACAGACACUGUAUCCGUGAGAACAUCGUAGAAGCCAUUAUCCACUCUCCUGAGCUCAUCAGAGUACAGCUUACUACUUGCAUUCACCACAUUAUCAAGUAUGAUUAUCCAAGUCGCUGGACUGCGGUUGUGGAGAAAAUUGGAUUUUAUCUCCAGUCUGACAAUAGUGCUUGUUGGCUUGGAAUUCUUCUCUGUCUUUACCAACUUGUGAAAAACUAUGAGUACAAGAAACCAGAAGAGCGGAGUCCCUUGAUAGCUGCAAUGCAACAUUUUCUGCCAGUCCUGAAGGACAGCUUCAUUCAGCUCUUGAAUGAUCCAUCAGACCAGUCUGUCCUCAUCCAGAAGCAGAUCUUCAAAAUAUUUUAUGCCCUUGUCCAGUACACAUUACCUUUGGAGUUGAUAAAUCAGCAAAACCUGACUGAGUGGAUAGAAAUCUUGAAGACUGUUGUCGAUAGGGAUGUACCAGCUGAAACCCUUCAGGUUGAUGAAGAUGAUAGACCUGAGUUGCCUUGGUGGAAAUGCAAGAAGUGGGCUUUGCAUAUCUUAGCUAGGCUCUUUGAGAGGUAUGGAAGCCCUGGUAAUGUUUCCAAGGAGUACAAUGAGUUUGCUGAAGUUUUCCUGAAGGCCUUCGCUGUUGGUGUUCAGCAAGUGUUGCUGAAGGUGCUGUAUCAAUACAAGGAAAAGCAGUACAUGGCUCCUAGAGUUCUGCAGCAAACGCUCAAUUACAUCAAUCAAGGAGUGUCUCAUGCUGUCACCUGGAAGAAUCUGAAACCUCAUAUUCAAGGAAUCAUCCAGGAUGUUAUUUUCCCAUUGAUGUGCUAUACAGAUGCUGAUGAAGAGCUCUGGCAGGAAGAUCCAUAUGAAUAUAUCCGCAUGAAAUUUGAUGUAUUUGAAGACUUCAUUUCUCCAACAACUGCUGCUCAGACAUUAUUGUUUACAUCAUGUAGUAAAAGGAAAGAGGUCCUGCAGAAGACAAUGGGCUUUUGUUAUCAAAUCCUUACGGAGCCAAAUGCUGAUCCUCGAAAGAAAGAUGGUGCUUUACAUAUGAUUGGUUCUUUGGCUGAAAUUCUCUAAAAGAAAAAGAUCUAUAAGGAUCAGAUGGAAUAUAUGUUGCAGAAUCAUGUGUUCCCUCUCUUCAGCAGUGAGCUGGGUUACAUGAGAGCACGGGCAUGCUGGGUUCUUCAUUAUUUCUGUGAAGUCAAAUUUAAAAGUGACCAGAAUCUCCAGACAGCCUUAGAACUCACGCGACGGUGUCUGAUAGAUGAUAGGGAAAUGCCUGUGAAAGUGGAAGCUGCCAUAGCUCUUCAAGUUCUCAUCAGUAAUCAAGAGAAAGCUAAAGAAUAUAUUACUCCAUUCAUUAGACCUGUAAUGCAAGCUUUGCUUCAUAUUAUAAGAGAGACUGAAAAUGAUGAUCUUACUAAUGUGAUUCAGAAGAUGAUCUGUGAAUAUAGUGAAGAAGUUACCCCAAUUGCAGUAGAAAUGACACAGCAUUUGGCAAUGACAUUCAACCAGGUGAUCCAGACUGGUCCAGAUGAAGAGGGCAGUGAUGACAAAGCAGUGACAGCAAUGGGAAUUUUGAAUACUAUUGAUACACUUCUCAGUGUAGUUGAAGAUCACAAGGAAAUUACCCAGCAGUUGGAAGGGAUUUGUUUGCAAGUGAUUGGAACAGUUUUGCAGCAGCAUGUAUUAGAAUUCUACGAGGAGAUCUUUUCCUUGGCUCAUAGUCUGACCUGCCAACAGGUUUCUGCACAAAUGUGGCAGCUUCUUCCUCUUGUGUUUGAAGUCUUCCAGCAGGAUGGUUUUGAUUAUUUUACUGAUAUGAUGCCUCUCUUGCAUAAUUAUGUUACUGUUGAUACAGAUACACUUCUGUCAGACACAAAAUAUCUUGAAAUGAUCUACAGUAUGUGCAAGAAGGUCCUGACAGGAGUUGCUGGAGAAGAUGCAGAAUGUCAUGCAGCAAAGCUGUUAGAAGUAAUUAUUCUUCAGUGUAAAGGGCGUGGCAUUGAUCAGUGCAUACCCCUGUUUGUGGAAGCUGCCUUGGAGAGACUGACCAGAGAAGUGAAAACCAGUGAACUGCGAACCAUGUGCCUCCAGGUUGCCAUAGCUGCUUUGUAUUACAAUCCUCAUUUACUAUUAAACACGUUGGAAAAUCUUCGUUUCCCCAAUAAUGUGGAGCCUGUCACCAAUCACUUCAUAACUCAGUGGCUUAAUGAUGUGGACUGUUUCCUGGGACUUCAUGACAGAAAGAUGUGUGUGCUUGGCUUGUGUGCUCUUAUUGAUCUGGAGCAAAUACCACAGGUUUUAAAUCAAGUUGCUGGGCAGAUCCUGCCAGCUUUUAUCCUUUUAUUUAAUGGAUUGAAACGAGCGUAUGCCUGUCACGCAGAGCAUGAAAAUGACAGUGAUGAUGAUGAUGAAGCUGAAGAAGAUGAGGAAACAGAGGAGCUGGGCAGUGAUGAAGAUGACAUCGAUGAAGAUGGUCAAGAAUAUCUAGAAAUUUUAGCAAAACAGGCAGGUGAAGAUGGAGAUGAUGAAGACUGGGAAGAAGAUGAUGCUGAAGAGACUGCUUUGGAAGGCUAUUCCACAAUUAUUGAUGAUGAAGACAACCCUAUUGAUGAAUAUCAAAUAUUUAAAAACAUUUUUCAGACAAUUCAGAACCGUAACCCUGUGUGGUACCAGGCUUUGACACAGGGCCUUAAUGAAGAGCAAAGGAAGCAGCUGCAGGACAUAGCGACCCUGGCAGAUCAGCGGCGGGCAGCACACGAAUCCAAAAUGAUUGAAAAGCAUGGAGGAUACAAAUUCAAUGCUCCAGUUGUGCCAACUUCAUUUAAUUUUGGAGGCCCUGCCCCAGGAAUGAAUUGAAUUAUCACUUUUCCUGCUACUGUGUGAUUGUAGUGAAGAGCUUGUGUUCCUCCCAAUAGUGGUUCCAGAACUGGUUCAUGUUAUCUACAACUCACUCUAAACUAAUUUAUAAAUAGAUUGGACAAAAGCCCCAGAAGUGGGACCUGAUUAUACGACCUGAUACUGGAAAGCAAACCAGAGGUUUUUUUGAAGAUAGGAAGAAUCUGAAUUUAAAGCUUCAAAUGACACACUUUGGAGAUCGGAAAUCAAGAGGGGAUGUCAUGAAGGCAGCUUUUUUUUUUUUUUCUGAGGAAAAUAAACUAGACAUGGGCUGCAGGACUAUUUAAAAUGUCUCAUUUACAGUACAAGCUAGAAGGCAGACUUAAUUUUUACACCUGUGGCAGUAUGAGUAUUUGCCCAGUUUCUUUCCCUUCUAUCCCUACUCUACUGGGUGUCUAUUCUUUUAAUGUAAAUAAGAUAAGGUAAUCAGAUAGCCUUACUUAAUCUUCAUCAUUUCCAUUUAUCAAGAUUGUUCAUAUGUAGAAUAUUGGACACUUAAUGUAGCACUACAUAACUGAUAAAUCUGUAAAUGAAUUAGCACUUUCAUAUUGAAACAAGCCUGCUAGCCUAUGUACAAAAAUAGCAAAAUGUUUGCUGUUUAUAAAAAUAAAAAAAUAAGGGAUGUAUUGGGGAAAAUAAUUUCAAGUUAUUAAUUUAAAAUGAACUAGCAGUUUUGUACCUGGUGACUUUGUGGUGCAGUCACCUCUGGUUGUGACUUGAAUUCGGAUAUGUAAAAAGGGGUUAGUGAUAUUUCAUUGCUGCUAAAGAAAAAAUAGCAACACCCUUCGUGUCCUUUGUUUUUUUUAAAGAUCUCACUGUACAAGCUAGAAAAUUGAACAAAUGUGUACUGUAAGCACAAAGAAAAGUUAUCCUCUCUAAAGCAGGUAAAAGAGAUGUGAAGUUGAGGUCAAUUGAAGGAUAUGGGUGAAACAUACACAUAUGCAAUCUGUUAAAAAUAACAGUGUCAUUGGCUGAUUUGGGCUAUGGUAUAAAAAUGCAAUUUUUCCCCUCCAGUUGUGCAAAUUUUUCUUUUUCCAGCUCAUGGUAGUGCAGGUGCACUACUCCUGCAUUUCAUUCCCCCUCUUUUUGCACUUGCAGCAUUAGUGUGUGCUGUUGUCUGCCUGAUCCAGACAGUGUAUUUGAAGUUUUGCCAAUCUUUCAGUUUUGAAGCCACAAUUUUCUUCCUUCAAAGUUGCUAUAGUAACUAGUAUUUUAGCUAGAGAGGCAAAAUACAGUUCCCUCUGGGACCACUAUCAAAACCACUGUAUGAAGAAGCCAGCAGGGAGAGGCUGUGAAUGGGUUGGCUUAAAUGCCCCCUUUUUCUUUUUUAGAAGCAAAAUCCAUUGGCGUUUGAUCUUGCCUUGAGAUCAUUGGUGUCAGGUCUUUUAAAUCAAAUGUUUGGGUUGUUUUUUUUUUUUUCUUUAGGCUGUUUUUAUAUAAAAAUGUCACCUGCUGUUACAAUUGAUAUUAAACAAGCUACCUUAAUUUAAUGUAAGCCUCCGAAAUUUAAAUACAGGUUAAAAAUAAACUGAGUUUUUAUCUGUAAAAAUGAAAUGCACAUAUAUAUAUAUUAUGAUACUCGAAAUGCAGUCUUCAGAAAAUUGGUCUGUGUGGUGUGGUUUUUUGCAUCAGCAGAGUAGCAGGAUUUGGUGGUGCUUUGGGGUGUCCUUGCUGAGCUGCCCAGCCUCACACUCUGCCUUCCAGUGGUGCUGGCACUUCCCAGACAGCAGGAGGGGUUUUCCAACCUCUCCACUCUUUCCCCACACAUGGGGCCAAGGUGGGACACGGAGCCCUACCCCAGUACCAAAGGGAUACUUGGAAUGCAAAGCACCUGAGGUGAAAAAGCCUAAGUAAUGAAGCCUUGGAUGGGACUAUCCAUCCUGGUGGUGGUGUGAGAGCCAGGGUCGUUCCUGAGCGUGUUUAGGUGAUGCACAGAGGAGACCUUACCUGGGGCUUUGUGACUGUAACUCAUGGCAUGUCCAGGUGUGCUCUGGCCCCCAGGGAAUCUCUAGACAGGGUUUUAUUUUUGUAGAAAAAGCUGACUGACGUACUUCCAGCAUUCCUUGGGAGCACCCAGUUUGACAAAUCAUUUCUGAACAUCUGCUUGUUUGGUAUCUGCUUACCUUCGUAUACAUCCCAAAAAUAUAUGAGAACCUUUGAGGACAGAUGAGUCAUUUUGGGCCUCGUGGCAGAAGAUGUGACAGCAGCAGUGAGAAGGCUUCAUGUAUAAAACAGAUGACAAAAAAAAUAGGGGGAAAUCACCAAUUUCAGUGCCGUUGUCAGUUCUGGAACAAUUCUAUUUUUCAAGUCACAAAUCAAGGGAAGAAUUUUAUCUUGGUGUGAGGAAUACAGUCUUACUUAAGGGUGCUUUUAUGUGUCACUAGACUGGUUAGCAAGGAGCAUCUUUUUUAAGAAUGGAUCUAGAACUUUGCUUUCCUUUGCUCCAAGAAAUGUAUUUAUAUAAAUUGCAAAACAAUUUUGCAUUGUUGUUGGUGGUGAUAGCGCAUUUUGUGAUGCAAUAUAUCAAUUUCAGUGAUACACUUAUGUCAAAUUAAAAACUGAACUUCCUCCUAGAACUUGCACUUAUCCAUUCCAUUUUCAAGGAUAAUGCAACUCUAAAGGAAGAGCUGGGAAAUUUAAAGCCUCUGUUUUUUUCUAUUAUGGAAGAUCUCCUUGGAUUAAUAAACAUCUAAAGCAAAUCCUUA